AUGGAUGGGGACACCAGAAGAUGGGUGGUCGGGCAGGUGGAAGAUACGGCCCUGACGGGCUGCAAGCUGCUACGGAGUAUGCUGUCCGACAUGGGUGACGUGGUGUGCUGCCUCUCCGGGCUGGGCAUCGCCACGCCCAUCUCCGUGGUGCGGCCUGUGGGAUCAGUGGGCCUCAGCCGUCCACCCUCGCUUUGCGAGAUGUUACCGGUAGCGCACCGGCGGAGGAACAGGCCUUUCGAGGAGAAAAGAGUGACCGAUUGGUCGUUCGAAGGCUUGCUGGACACGCCCUUGAGGCUCUUUCGAAGCCCCGGACCCCCAGCACCAGGUCGCCCGGAGGCGGCUUCACCGGAAGCUCCAGAGGAGGAGGGUCUUCAGAUCCUAAGCUCCAAUGACCUCGAUGCCCUCGAGGGUGGGCACACGAGUUUGGGACCUGGUGAUGCCUGGUGUGAGGUGGAGAGGCGAUUUUUUUGCGACCAAGUGUGGGCCGAGCUGAUGCGAGUCUCGGAUGGACAGAAUCGGACUGAGAUUCCGAGAGUGGAAUGGAACUUCCAGCUGCAACCACAGGACUGCCAUAGACCAGUCGUGCCAGUCGCCUUCGCCUUGCCACAUGGUCACAGCUGGGUGGCCAAGACUCUCAAGGUCGGGCCACAUCGUCUUGAGGAAGCCGAGGUGAAGGGAGCCAUCUUCGAUGUGGAUGGCACCCUGCUGGACACCAUGCCGAUUUUCUACCCCUCUUGGCCCAGGACUGGAGAACAGCCAAGGUUUGGCCUAAGAGUCUCGGAGGAAGACUUCUACCGCUUGGCAGGCGUUCCUUUGCCUGACAUGGUGCAGCGACUCCACCGGGCGCAGAAGGGCUGUGAGGCCACGCCCGCCUUCGUGAAGGACUUCAUUGAUGAGAAGAUCCGACUACACCAAGAAGAGGAGGCGGAGAAGGGACAUCCACCGGCCAUUUCGUGUGUGGUGGCCCUGGCAGAGGACUACCUCAGGCGUGGGAUUCCCGUGGCCAUCGCCACUUCGGGCAUCAAGGGGAUCGUGUUGCAGCACUUGGAGGCUGCCGGGCUUAAAGAUUUAGUCCCAGCCGAGUGCAUGGUUUUUGCCUCAGACGUGCCCAAGGGGAAGCCAGAUCCCGCCAUCUACCUGGAGGCGGCACGACGCCUGGGCGUGGACCCGACCAAGUGCCGGGCCUAUGAAGACGGUGAGAGCGGACUGCAGUCUGCAGUGGCUGCAGGCAUGGAGACGGUGGACGUGACCUUCAUGGAGGGCUACCCAGCCCCGGAGGCCUUGCGCCAGGCCAAGGAGGAACAGAUCAGGGAGAGGACAUGGCUACUGUGA